AGCUAGAAUGUGAGAACUAUCCGGAUAACGGGAUAGUAUCCGAAUCACACGCCGAUGUCCCGGAUACUGUAUCCGAACAGAUCCGCCCGUUGAGAGUGCGAGUUUGCGUCGAUCGCAAUGGAGAUGCAACAUGAGGGCCAGGCGGACUCGAGCGACCCGAUGGAGAAGAUGUGGGUCGAGCAUGGUGCUGGUGGUGAUACCGACAAGAAGGUAGAAGAGUAUACGCGCUACCGUCUCCAAGAAACACUCACGCUCAUGGGAUGCCGCCGCAACGACGCGAUCAUCGUGACGCGCUUGAUGUUCGAACAAUACCAUGCACACGUUGAUGGGCCCUCGCCCCGGGCAUGGACGUUCCAGAUGCUGCAACAACGAGUAUACGCCGAAUUGGCGCAUCUGGAGUACAACAAGCCGACGCACUUGCUGGACUUUGAUCUGGCGAAGGAAAUCACUCAGCGCAACAAAUCGUUUGUCGUGCUCUUGGGUGGGACGUCUGGUACUGGCAAGUCCACCCUCGCAUCUCUGUUGGCGUCCCGCCUUCGCCUCACGACGGUGCUGCCGACAGACUCGGUGCGGCACAUCUCCCGUGCAUUCAUGACAAAGGAACAAAACCCGUGCGCAUUUACAUCGACAUAUCAAGCGGGGGAUGCGCUGACUCCCGCGCAAGUGGACGAAUUAGCCAAGAUCGCGGCGGGCGAUAUGAAUACCCUCAUGUCGGACAAGCGACUGCACAAGCGAAAGGUCCUCAAAGGGUACACACUCCAGAGCGAUGCCGUGUUGGAGAAGCUCGAUCUUGUGCUCACCAUGUUCGAAAAGCGACGCCAAAGUCUCGUUGUCGAGGGUGUGCAUCUAAACACGGAGCAGAUGGCCGAGUUGGUCCGGCGCCAUCCCAACUGCAUUCCGUUUUUGAUUUACAUCUCGAACGAAACAAAGCAUCGCGAGCGGUUCGCCGUCCGCGCCAAGCACAUGACUGUGGACCCACAACAAAACAAAUACAUCAAGUACUUUGACAAUAUCCGCAUCAUCCAGCGCCACUUGUGCAAGCACGCCGACAAGCUCCUCAUGCCCAAGAUCGACAACACCAACGUCGACCGCUCCCUCGUCACAAUUCAAACAACUUUGAUUCGUGUCCUGCGCAAGCAAUUGCGAGGCGACGCCAUGGUCGACAACGCCACGGGCAAAUUCGUCCUCUUAUCGCGAGAGCACGAGAACGCCAUCAAGAAAGCCUGGUCAAGCAAAGGGGUACGAAAAGCCAUGCGACCGCUGAUCAAGCAGCGCGUGUCGAAGCGGCUGCUGCUCCGACGGCUGCUGGCGGAGCAAACCAUGUCGGACCCAUGCCCUUUCCACGACGACAGUUCGUCGAGCGACGACGAUAAAGACGAUCGCGAGCAUGGCCGCGAGGGCGGCGUCGAGGAAGAAGAAGAUGAACAGACAACGGUCGUGGGCAGUCUACUCAGUCUGCGAGACAAGAGGCAAUCCACUGACGUCGACGAGGUACUCCCCAUCCCGCUGUGUGUUGUGUCAUGUGAAGCAGGACUCGGUCGAGCUCUCGACGGCGAUUCAACGAGUGGCGUUGUGGCGUGCAAGUCAGCCGAGCCCAUUUGCGGCCCCAUGUACGGCUCGAACAUGGCGUGA